UCCCAACCCCUGUCUGUCUGGCAGAGUUCCGCUUUCUCUCUAGGUGCAGAAGAGCCUCUGAGUGCCCCAGUCCACGAUGGUGUCCCCGUGGGCAGGAGUGCUUCCCCAGGACACCCCGAGAGGCUCCAGGAGCCCUGUGCACUGCCAGGACUGGAGGAGGCGUUGAGUGCAUUGGGACUGGAGGGAGAACGUGAGUAUGCAGGAGACAUCUUCACUGAAGUCAUGGUGUGCCGCGCACUGCCCCGGAUGGCCUUGCCCCAUUCUGUGACCCCGGAGAUGCGUGCGGUGGUGGUGGACUGGCUGAUUCAGGUGCACGAGUUCUUGGGCCUGGCGGGGGAUACGCUUUACCUGGCUGUGCAUCUGCUCGAUUCCUACCUGUGUGCAGGCAGAGUGCGCCUACACCGCCUGCAGCUACUGGGCGUGGCCUGCCUGUUUGUGGCCUGCAAAAUGGAAGAGUGCGUCCUUCCUGAGCCCUCCUCUCUCUGCCUCCUGAGCGCUGACUCCUUUUCUCGGGAGGAGCUGCUACGAGCUGAGCGCCGCAUCCUGAGCCGUUUGGAUUUCAGGCUGCACCAUCCGGGUCCGCUGCUGUGCCUCCGGCUGCAGGCUGCGCUGGCUGGGAGCAGUCCUCAGGUGAUGCUGCUUGCUACCUACUUUCUGGAGCUGUCCUUGCUGGAGGCAGAGGCCGCGGGAUGGGAGCCGGGUCGUCGCGCAGCUGCGGCGCUGAGCCUGGCGCACCACGUGCUCGAUGGGGCGGGCUCUAGACCCGAGCCCACUCUUUACAGCCCUGCAGAGCUGGGCCCUCUUCAGGCAUGCAUGGCCCGCGCUGCACUCCGAGGUCCCACACCGGGCCAGGCUGCAGUCUUCCUCAAGUAUGCGCGGCCCCAGCACCAGGGCACCAGCCUCACUGCUGUCCUCCUGCUUGGCUGCCUGCAGUCUGGGCCUCCCUGAGCAUGGAGACUCAGCACCCCCUCCCCCAAAACAAAACAGAAAACCCUCAGUGUGUGUCCAUCUCCCAUCACAAUAAAAGUUUUUUUUUUAUUCUGAGCCCUCUGUUCCCAUUGGACAAGUUCCCCUGCCCACCCUGCAUUUGAUUGGUCACUUUUUCAAAAGACAUUAAUUAUUUCAUUUUAUUUGUUAUUA